AAAGGCGCCCAGAGCAUCAACGUGCGACACAUCCUCUGCGAGAAACACAGCAAAAAGGAAGAAGCCCUCGCGAAACUGAACGCCGGGACGAAAUUCGAUGAGGUGGCGAGGGAGUUUUCUGAGGAUAAGGCGAGGCAGGCAGGUGGUGCUUUGGGGUGGAAGACGAAGGGGGCUUUGAUGCCUGAGUUUGAGAAGGUUGCUUUUGAGUUGGCGGUGUCGACUACAAAUAGUCCGAAGUGGGGAGAGGCGAAGACAAGUGAGGGAUACCAUAUUAUUAUGGUCGAAGGGCGGAAGUGA